AUGGGAGGAGAGCUGCUUGGGCGCAUUGAUAUCCCCAAGGCCACGGCAGCGACCAUCUUGAUCGUUUUCUUGGGGGCAGCCGUCCGUCGACGGUACUAUUCGCCCCUGAGCGACAUCCCCGGCCCAUUCUUCGCCUCGUUCUCGGUCAUCUGGCAACUAUGGCACAUCAUAAAAUGCCAUACCGAGGCAGCGAUGAGAGAGAUGGCUACGGGAUUGACCCGACAACUUGCAGGAAAAUUCGUACGACUUUCCCAUAAGGAGGUCAGCAUUAGCGACCCAGCGGCCGUUCGGGAAGUCUUGCAAAGCCAGAUGGACAAAGCCAACUGGUAUAAAGUGUUCAGCAUGCCUGACUCCCGAUAUGAGAACACUAUGUCGGAGACCAGCUACAAAGAGAUGAACCGGAGGACGAGGAACGUUGCUGCUGGAUACUCGCUUUCGAACGUGAUCAAAGGAGAGCCCUACAUCGACAAGGCACUUGGGCUGUUUCAAACCCAGCUUGACCGAAGAGUGGCCAGUGGUAGCAGUAUUGAGCUAGACAAAUGGGUCAACUAUCUCGCUUUCGACGUGGUGGGAGAAUCAACCUUCUCAAAGUCCUUCGGUUUUCUCGAAGCUGGCCAUGAUAUUGGCAACUCCAUCUCCAACCAAUACAAAUUGCGACUUUACAUCGCUUUGAUUGGCCAUUUCAGUUGGGCUCAUGACUACCUCCUCGCGAAUCCAUUGAUUGGGCAUUUCAACUUGCAGCCUUCAAUGCAUGUCUUUGACACCUCCAUGGCAGCUGUCAAGAAACGGUCGGAGAGCGUUGAAACAAGAAAUGACAUGAUUGAGUUGUGGCAGCAGCAGUAUAGAAAUCAUCCUGACCGAAUGGACGAGAAGGAAAUUCUUGCGGCAGCUGUGGCCAAUGGUAGCGCUGACGUAGAUAUUUUCAAGAUGGGCGCGGGCGCCGAUACCGUCAGCUGCAUUCUCCAAGCUUUCUGCUACUAUCUUCUCCGGGAUACUGAAAGCUUGAAGCUCGUACGCGAGGAGAUUGACAAUGCCAGUCUCUCACCCAUACCGUCAUACGAGGAGACACGAGAACUACCCGUUCUUUCGGCCUGUAUCAAGGAAAGUUAUCGCAUCCAUACACCUGUCGGAUUCAACCUCCCUCGGGUAUCUCCGUCUCCAGAUGGCGUGACAGUAUGCGGGAGAUACUUCGCUCCUGGUGUGAUCCUCUCCGUCAGCCCAUGGGUAAUUCAUCGGCAACAGUCGGUAUUCGGUAGUGACGCCGAAAGUUACAAUGCUCAAAGGUGGCUCGGUGACAAAGAUCGUGCGAUUCAGAUGGAGAAAUACAUGAUUGCAUUUGGUACUGGGUACGGCAGCUGCCCGGGGAGAAGCCUUGCCCACAUGGAGAUACUCAAGACCACGGCACUGUUGAUAAGGGAUUAUGAGUGGGAACAAGUGACAAAGGGUCAGGUUUGGACUUUUGAGACGUAUUUCACGUCAAUACCAUAUAAUUGGCCAGUGAAGAUGCGACGCCGAAGAAAAUUCAAUGCUUAA